UCCGCCAUAUCCUCCAUUGCUGCGUCUGCUUCUGCUUCUGCUUCUGCUUCCUUCUCUUUCACUCUCCACCUCCCUCUCCCUCUCCGUCUCUCAAUUCCCAAAUCCUAUAGUUUCUUCGCCUCAGACUCCUUCCAUUUCCAACCCGCUAUGAACACUCAAAGGAUUCUACUGGGGACUUUUGGCCGGCAGCAUUAGGGUGUUGGAGUGUGGCAUAUGAUCAAUUGAGGUGUUUAUCAAAGGAUGAGUAGCAUGAUGCAGAUAACUGCGACACAGAAUUCUCUCUGUCCCAAUAAAUCAAUAUGUCUUGUUUCUAAGUCGAUGUAUCCAUCGUUCCUUGCUAGUCAGACACGAAGUGCUUUUGUGAAUCCAAGUGCCAAUGCAUCUUAUUUAAAGAAAGGCCUACCAGUAUUGAAGUAUGAUCAUCGGAGGGUUGGAUUAAAACAUCGGUAUACCCCAAUUGCUUCCUUGUUUGGUAGCAAGGGAAAGGACAGUGGUGAUGGGGCUUCUCCAUGGAAAGCUUUUGACAAAGUUGUUGAAAAUUUUAAGAAGGGACGAUCAGUAGAAGAUAUAUUGCGACAGCAAAUUGAAAACAAAGACUUCUAUGAUGGUGGAGAUGGUGGAAGAACACCUCCAGGUGGUGGCGGUGGCGGUGGCAGCAGUGGGGGGGAUAGCUCCAGUGAAUCUGAGGGUCCUAGCAUUUUAGGAAUUCUGGAAGAAACAAUGCAUGUAGUUCUGGCGACCAUUGGCCUUGUUUUAGUGUACAUUUACAUCAUUGAAGGGCAAGAGCUGGUUCUAUUAGUGAAGGAUUACAUCAAAUACCUCUUCGGAGCAGACCAGAGUGCCCGCUUGAAGAGCGCAAUGUACAGUUGGGGAAAGUUUUACAAAAGACGCACUCGAAAGAAGCCGAAACCUGAUGAAUAUUGGCUGGAGAAAGCUAUUCUGAACACCCCAACAUGGUGGGAUCAUCCUGAUAAGUACAGGUACGCCAUAAUGGAAUAUUUAGAAUCUCAGGGUCAGCUAGAGAGUCCUGCAUCAUCACCAUCAUCACCAUCGUCGUCGUCAUCAUCAUCAUCAUUAUCAUAUGACGAUGAGGAAUAUGAGGAGUCAAAUUCUGAUGAUGAACAAUUCUGAUUCCAUUUGCUUUUAAACCAACCUUUUUGUUUUUGCUUACAACUUUGUUUUCUGAAAUGCUAAAUUAGAUAUGUUAUGGGUUCUUGGUGUAAUGAUAUACAACAGAACAUGGAUCUGCUUGGUCACUUUUUCACCACUCUUUAAACUGUUCUUGGUUAUCUGA